AUGCCCAAGAAAAUCAGCGAGACCGGUUACAACUCUCCGAGCAGUGUUCCCAGUACCCAGGGUGGCCAGGCGUCUUGGUCGAGGAACCUGUCGAUCGCCCCUUCCGGAGAUGAGUACGACGAAAAGGAUGAUCCGCAGCUGGUAGAGAAUAAUAUGGUAUCGGAAGUUGAUGCACAGGUGAUCUACGCCCUGUUCGAUGAGUACAGUGGGCAGCUCGAGGUGCUGGGGAAGGUAAUCGCCGCGCCAUACAUCAAGGACCAUGUCGAUGAGACGGAGACGCUGCGUCAAAGAUUUCGGAGGCAGGAGGACGAGCCCCUCAAAAUACGCGGCACACAUGGCGAGAACAUGGUGCCAGCCAGCCCUCAUCUGAUGAAAAUACAGGCCGAUAGGGCCUACCUCAGCAAGGCGAUCGAGCGCGUGAUGAAGGCGUUGCGCCGAGAGAGCUCGCACCUGCCCCUCCUGGAGACGGUGGAGGCCGAGGGCGCCCGCAGACAGGAGUUCGUCGUCAUCGAGGAAGAUGCCAUCGCGAACUCCAAGAGCAUUACCGCGCUGCAGGAAGAGAUAAGAGAGUUGAAAGUAUCCAUGACAAAGGAGAUAACGGAUCGCGACAACCGAAUAUAUGAGCUGCGGGACGAGCUGCAGGAGGUGCUCGCCCGCACCGGCAUGGAGGUGCGCUACACGGCGGCAUCGUCGCGGGCGCGGCUCGCCUCGAACGAGGGUCAGACAGAGCAGAAGCGCUUGCUGAAACGCAACCAGGCUGAAGGCGCGCGCGUGGAGUGCGACUACGAGACGAGGGUCAACACCGAAAUUGAGAGCCACCUGCGGGACGCCCUGGAUGAGCUGGACGAUAUGCUCGACAAGAGGCUGACCAAGUUUGACGUCGAUACCGACACCAAGGAACGCGAGCUCAGCAGCCUCAAAUAUCAAAAACAGCAAAACUUCCAGGCGCUGUGUGACGUGAAGGAGAAAUACGCAAACUAUACGCGAGUUAUAGCUGAGGACGACGAGGAGCUGCGGCUGGAGGAGGAGCGGAUCAAGGAAGAGGAGCGUAGGGAGGCCGCAGCCAUCGUCAUCCAAUCCUACUGGAAGGGUUAUAAGGAGCGAAAAAAGCUAAAAAAGAAGCUCAGGAAGUUGAGACGGGCAGCAAAGAAGGCCAAAAAGGCUGGAAAAGCGCGUAACAGCCAGUGA